AAAAGAAAAAAGAAAAUAAAAAAGAAAGAAAGGCAGUUUCUUUGAAUACACUCAGCUGAGCUGGCGAGGUAGAUAAACUGUUAAUUUGAGUGAGUGCCCUUGUUCAUCAAGCAGCUUCUCACAAAUUCGCCACUAUGUCGCAGACAUCGCGCCCCAAGAGCCCCGAUGAUCAAACUGGGAUGUAUAUUCGUGUCAAACGCAACAAAACAACUUACUUUCUGCAAUGUGUGCCGAGUGAGACAAUUCUGCAGAUUAAGGAGAAGUUGCAUGAGAUCACUGAUCAGCCCGUUGAGAACCAGCGUUUGAUACUACUGCCAAAUCGGGAAAUGUUGGAAGACUCGAAAUCGCUGGCUGAUCAGAAGGUUGAGAACGAUGCUGUCGUUGCCCUGACACUGAGAAAAGAUGAUAAUGAGUUUGAAGAGGUAAACAUUGUGAGACCAAAUGAUUUUUACCAAUCGCGGGAGGCAGAUGGUGGAUCUAACUGGUGAGGCUGCUACGGUAGUGUUGAAGAAGGUCCGUCGUUGGUCAGUGUUUUUCUCAGUCGGAGAAGAAACUACUGGUCUUAUAUUACUUUGAUUGGUUGAUAAGAUUUGGAGUUGGUUUAUCUCCUUGUCUGCAACAUGAUCAUUACUUGAUUUUCAUUUUCACUGCAAACAUUUAUAUGCUAACUUUUCA